AUGAUGAAACGAUCUAUACAAGCAUCCGGCCUUAGAACCAGUAAACAGGGCGCCAAGAAGCCUCGCACCACUGCUCCUUCACAAGUACCCGACUACCAUCUCACUAAACAAAGUCGUGAUGACAAGGGUCAGAUAAUAUGGCCGGCCCCGGAGGAUAAGAUGGAGGCGGCCAGAUCAUUCAUCAUCGAUGCAUUUGCCGCCAAGCCCACCCUCAUCGUGCCCGAUAAAGAUGCUGAUGGGCUUGCAUCCGGGGCCAUUCUGCAGCGGACACUGAAGCUAAUCGGCCUCGAGGAAUCAUUCAUCUCAGUACAUGUUCUCGACAAGGGUUGCUCUGUUCACGACGACACCUCCCGCGCUGCAAUGGCCAGCUUCGAGCCCGCAUUUAUCUUCGUGCUGGACCAAGGGUCUCGCAGAUCCCCUCCGCUUAUCGACCAGCCUCAUCGCGGCAUCAUCAUUGACCAUCACCACGCAGAGGAAGACGACCAUCCCGAAAAUUCUCUGCUCGUGACGGCCUGUCAUUACCCCCCCGUCGCAACAACCUCGCUGCUCACGUACCUACUUUGUCGCGACCUGCAUGACGAUGUCGAGGCGCAAUGCGACUGGCUCUGUGCCAUGGGGACUCACGGCGAUUUGGGGAACACAUUCAAAUGGGAGCCGCCGUUCCCAGAUAUGUCUACUACGCUUAAGAAGCACACAAAGAAGGCCAUCAACGACGCGGUCUCACUCAUCAAUGCGCCGCGGCGCACGAGUUCCUACAACGUCCCAGUAGCAUGGAAGGCGCUGAGUGUUGCGACGUCACCCAGGGAUCUACUCUCAAAUAAAGAUCUAUUAGCAGCAAGGGCAGAGGUCAACGCAGAGGUCGAGAGGUGCACUCAUGCAGCCCCCAAAUUUUCCGCAGACGGCAGAGUCGCCGUGUUUCGCAUCAGCUCCGGGGCGCAAGUCCACCCAGUCAUCGCGACACGGUGGGCAGGCCACUUGUCCUCCAAGAACCUGGAAGUUGUCUUGGUUGCAAACGAGGGUUACAUUCCCGACAAGGUCAACUUCUCAUGCCGAAUCCCACAAUGCGCGAGGUCUAGAGAACCCCCUGUAAAUAUCAUUGAAAUUCUGCGUGAUGUGGCCUCACGGUCGGAAGAUCCAACCUUGCGCGAGAGGUUAGGGGAGUCGUUUGCUCGUGGUCACAAGGAAGCUAGCGGUGGGAUUGUGCCAAAGGCAGAGUUUGAAGAGCUGAUGAACAUACUGGAGGUUGGGAAGAAGCCUGAACGAUCAGCCACGCAACAGUCAAAGAACACGAAAACACAGAAAAACACUCUUUUGGGGUAUUUGAAAAAGUCAUAG